UAUUACUCUCCUUACAUUUGCAUGUUGUGUACGUGUGCGCUUAUCUCUGAUAUUCCGUAAGAGCAAAAAAAAUGGGAGAAGCUAUUCCGCCUGCGGAAGUUAAUUGAUUUUGAUGAGCGAUGUUGGGGGAGGGGGGAGAGAAGGUGCGGCGGAAUCUAUUAAGAAGUUGUGUGUACACACAUACAUGAUACAUCAUUUAACGAAUGGAAAAUUUUACCGUUUGGUUCAUAUACGCACGUCUGUAUAAAAAUGAUGUUGCUACAGCAAACCUCUUUUGGUACCUGGAGGAAGAGUAUUUGUUUGGCCCAUUGUACAACAAGUACAAAAAAUUUCUCUGAACACAAUGACAUUACAAGUCGAAAGUCCAACAGUAUACACCUGUCAAGGAGUACCAAUAUCUGUAACAGGCAUAGCACAGGUAAAAAUUCAAGGACAAAAUGAAGAAAUGUUAUCUACAGCAUGUGAACAAUUUCUCGGAAAAUCUGAGGACGAAAUACACAACAUAGCUCUUGUCACUUUAGAAGGGCAUCAACGUGCCAUAAUGGGCAGUAUGACUGUAGAAGAAAUUUACAAAGAUCGUAAAAAAUUUAGCAAGGAAGUUUUUGAAGUUGCGAGUAGUGAUCUAGUUAAUAUGGGCAUUACUGUCGUGUCGUACACACUGAAAGAUAUUCGGGAUGAAGAAGGGGCAAAGGGCUACCUGCAAGCGCUUGGUAUGGCACGUACGGCAGAAGUGAAGAGAGACGCUAGAAUAGGCGAGGCGGAAGCUCGCAGAGACGCUCAGAUUAGAGAGGCUAUUGCCGAGGAACAAAGAAUGGCCGCACGUUUCUUGAACGACACAGAAAUCGCAAAAGCGCAACGUGAUUUUGAACUAAAAAAAGCUGCUUACGACGUCGAAGUUCAGACCAAAAAAGCUGAGGCUGAAAUGGCCUUCGAACUGCAAGCAGCGAAAACUAAGCAAAGAAUUAUGGAGGAACAAAUGCAAGUGAAAGUCGUGGAACGUAGUCAAGAGAUCGCUGUACAGGAACAGGAAAUGAUGAGGCGCGAAAGAGAAUUGGACGCCACUGUGCGACGUCCAGCCGAUGCGGAGAAAUACAGAUUAGAAAAGAUGGCCGAAGCGAACAAAUUACGCCUCGUUAUGGAGGCGGAAGCCGAGUCCGAAGCUAUUAAAAUACGCGGUGAAGCGGAAGCCUUUGCUAUCGAAGCGAAAGCCAAGGCGGAAGCGGAACAAAUGGCGAAGAAAGCUGCCGCAUGGAACGAGUACAAGAGUGCGGCUAUGAUCGAUAUGAUGCUGGAUACGCUUCCAAAGGUUGCUGCCGAAGUAGCCGCUCCUCUUUCCCAAGCAAAGAAGAUAACCAUGGUUUCGAGCGGCAGCGGCACCGUUGGCGCCGAAAAAUUGACCGAAGAAGUCUUCAAUAUCGUACAGCGUGUUCCGGAACUUGUUAAAAAUUUAACAGGCGUGGACAUUUCGAAGUCGGUCCACGCCGCGUAAAUUUGUGCAAUGUGUUACACAUGAAGAACUUUAAAGCUUCAUCAUCCGUUGUUCUUUGAAGUAGAUGUUCGGAAUCUGCUUUUGAUAUAUACAUUCACUUUAAAAGUGUCUUAUACGAUAUGUGAAUCGAGUACAAUAUUUGAAAUUUUUUUCUCUCUAGAAGGAUUUUAAACACACUUUCGCUGCCACUUUCCGUUUGUCUCCACGUGUGCGCGCAUGCCGAAAAAGAAAAAAAAAAAAAGAAAAAAAAAUAUUGACGCAUUCACAGAUUGUCUGCGCAAAAAAGCAGAAUAAUGUGAAUUUGAAUUUUAUCCAUUGCUGCAAUUUUAAAAGAGAGUUAUGGCUAGUCUACAAUGGGAGUAGGCAGUAUAAAGUAAGAAGUAAGGUUCUUGGAGUUAAUUUUAGUUUUGUCUAUACGAGUAAUAUUAUUUCGCGUUUUUUAACACACGUCUUUCAUUGGCUAACAGUAAGGCAGUGCGAAAUGGGAAAUUGCCCAUUUCGUUAUUCCCGUCGUUUCUUCACCGAAAAAUAGUUUACUCUUCUACAGCCUUUACUACCUUCAUUGUAGACUAGCCAUUACAUCUGCAUGAGAAAUUUCGUUAUCCGGACAUUCCAACUAGUUCUUUAUAUGACUGGACAGUGAAAGUGGGAUAUUGUUGUAUUAUUGAUAUUAUUGUCAGAAAACAAUUCUUUAUGUGUGUGAGAUUAACAUAUUUGACUCUAAUAUAUACAUAUAUAUUGAUUCGCGCAUCUCUGUAACGCGGAGCGCAGAAUUGCACAUUAUUUGUGUGUCGAAUCUCCCGAUAUUGUCGAAUCCAUGAAACUUUUCUGUAAGUCUAUGCCAAUGUACGUGCCGAAAACACUGUAUUUCCAUAUAAAUGUCUUAUUGUAUACAUAA